UCUACUUUAGGAUGAUUGACAAUCGAUAGCGAUAAUUUAAUGAUACAGCUGAUCUUGUCACACAAUUAACGCGGGAAAGAAUGUUUAUUGUGUGUCAAAACAAAGAUGAGCCGUUCAAACAAAAUGUUUGGCGAUAAAGCCUUCGAUUUACUCAAAGAUCUCAAGCGUUCGUCUCAAACAAUUCCUGCCUUCGAUGAUGACGGUGUGCGUCAGGUGCUGGAGGAGAUAAAAGCUAUUUUCGAGGAAAAUGUGGCACAGGCAUCAAGCUACAACAGCUCUGGUGAUCGCAGCUUGUGGCCAUUAUUGAACUACAGGCAUGCAGCUCUGCAACGAAACAAAAGAUGUCUCCUCGCGUACCUCUACGAGCGCAUGCAACGCAUCAAAGCUCUGCGUUGGGAAUUCGGACCCAUUAUACCAGGGGACAUCAAGCAGGCGUUGUGUGAACCAGAAGUGCAAUUCUUCAACAAUUACUCCAAGUCAUUAGCAGCAUAUAUGCGUUCCGUGGGCGAUGGUCAAGGCAUUGAUCUGACCGGGAACUUACGACCUCCGAAAUCGCUCUACAUCGAGGUACGUUGCGUUGAGGACUACGGAAAGUUUGAACUGGAUGAUGGCGAAGUGGUGCAUUUAAAGAAGAAUAGUCAACAUUACUUGCCGCGAGCUCAGGUGGAAACGCUUGUUCGCCAAGGCAUUUUGCAGCAUAUUGCUUAACCUGUAUAUUAUAUUUUAUAAGCUUUUAAAAUAAAUCAUAACACAAGUUUA